AUGCCGACCCUCCGCCACUCGAUCCCCCGUCUCGCGCGCCCCAGCUCCGCCAUCCCCCUUCCUCCGCCUCUUCCCCGAUGCCAUUCCCGCGGCCUGCGCAAUCUCCCAAGCGGCCUCCGCAGUCUCCCCUUCCCCCUCCCCCUGCUGCUGCUGCUCGUCGCGCUGCUCCCCCAUGCGCCCGUCGCUGCCGGUCUCCUGCGUCUCAAGUCACCGCAGCAGCUCAGCUACUCCUUCGCGUCCACCGAUGCCGACUUCGGUAAGCUCUUCUCCAUCCGCCCCCAGACAAUAAGCCUCGAGUCGCCGCAGCAGCUCGGCUACUCCUUCGCCUCCGGCGACGCCGACUACGGCCCCGUCAUCCCGUUCAGCGGCUUCUGGGGACGGCUGUAUCCGACGGUACCCGCCAACGCAUGUCAGCCUAUUCAAAACCGCGUGCUGCCCGGCACCGUCCAGUUCGCGCUGAUUGCGCGCGGAGAUUGCUCGUUCGGGCGGAAGGUGCAGAAUGCGCAAUUCGCGGGGUACGCCGCUGCGGUCGUGUACAAUAACGAAUCCAACCAAGACCUCGCUAUAAUGACAGAGAAUCAGCGCAUGGGCAUCAUGAUACCCUCCGCCUUCAUCUCUCUCGAAGACGCGACCACCGUUCUCUCGGUCAUCCAGCCAUACCCCGAAACCAUAGCCAUCCUUUACCCCGCGCAGCCUUACUACACCACCUCGGCCUACUCCUGGUCCUUCAUCAUCUGGAUCUCCUCCCUCCUUGCUAUCGGCAUAAUGCUCCUCGCGUUUCUCUGCGUGUGCCGGCAUAGGAUUAGGAAUGCGGUGGCGGGAGCGGCGGCGGCUGCGGGGGUGAAUCCGGAUAUUCUGCCCAUUCAGCUGACCGUCUCGCCGGAUAAAAUGACUCUGGAGGAGGUUAUGGCGCUGCCCGAGAAAACUUUCCUGGGUUUGCCGAGUCUCAAACGGGCAGAGGCUGAAAAGAAGGAUGGCAGCAGCAGCAAGGGGGAUAAGAGUGAAGGGGUUGCAAAAGAGGAGGCUGACAGGAAGGAAGGGGCUGAAAAAGCUGAGGGGAGUACAGAGAGUGACUGUAACGAGCUGGGGAGCAGUCAGGAGAAACUCAAGGGGAAGCAUCAGGCAGAUGUUGUUAUAGUGAGUGAAGGGCGGAGGCCCUCGUGUGACCAUAUCCAACGGGGGGACGUAGAGCUGGGCGGCUUUCCGGGUGUGGAGCUGAGUCGGCAAAGCAGUGUGCGAAGCAGAGUGUCUUUUCGCGGUGCGGAGGAGGGAGAGGAGGAGGAGGAUGGGGAGGAGGAGGUUAUUUACAGAAGCACGUGGGAAACGUGUGCGAUCUGCCUGGAGGACUACGAGUGUGGCGACCGGCUGAGAGUCCUGCCAUGCAGUCAUGAGUUCCACAGUGAGUGUGUGGACGAGUGGCUGACAACCCGGCAGCCCUUCUGUCCUGUCUGCAAGCGCAUCGCUCGAACCCCGAAGAAAACACCCGGAGCAGAGGCGACCGCCUUAUCUGCCUCUUCAUCGUCAGCAUCCUCGUCGUCGAAUGAUUUGGAGAUGGCAAGUGACAUCCAGCUCUUUGUCGCAGCAUACGCUGCAUUCCCGCAGCACCGCACGAUAAUUGUCGCGGUUAGUGCCGUCGGAAGCCUGGUGCGCGGCGGUAAGAAGAAGGGAAAGGCCGUGCGACAUAAGUCGUUUGUCGCCGGCGACCCCGACCGUGGCGUGAAGCUUGAAUGGAGCGACAUCACGUGCCAGCUUCUCGAUAAGAAGGGAGAAGAGGUGAAGAAGCUAUUGGACGGGCUGAAUGGCAGCGCGAGGCCCGGUCGCCUGCUGGCGAUCAUGGGACCGUCGGGGUCCGGCAAGACGACGCUCCUCAACACUCUUGCGGGUCAGCUGCCUAAGAGCAGCAAGAUCGCGCUCUACGGAUCAAUCCGCGCUAAUGGCAUCCCCAUUGCGGAUUCAUGGCACAAGCAGGUGUACGUCCGGCAGGAGGACAUUUUCUUCUCGCAGCUGACGGUGCGGGAGACCCUGGUGACGGCGGCGAAGCUGCAGCUGCCCUCGUCCAUGUCGGACGCGGAGAAGGAGCAGCAUGUGGAGGAGCUGCUGCAGCACCUGGGUCUGGUGAACGCGGCGGGCACGAUAGUGGGCGACAACAAGACGCGCGGCAUCAGCGGCGGCGAGAAGAAGCGGCUGUCCAUCGCGUGCGAGCUGCUGGGUAACCCGUCCGUGGUGUUCGCAGACGAGCCCACCACGGGGCUGGACGCGUACCAGGCGGAGAAGGUCAUGCAGACGCUCAAGGACCUUGCUAAGGAAGGCCGCACGCAAUCUCAUCCCCCCGCCUUCCCCGUCCUCCCCCCUCUUCUCCCCCCUCCCCUCUCCUCCACCACGACCCCCCUUCUUCCGUCCACCAGUAUCCAUCAGCCACGUGGCAGCGUGUUUGACAUGUUUGACGACAUCAUGGUGGUUGCGGGCGGCAAGCUCGUCUACUCGGGACCUGCUGGGGACACUUGCCUGGAGUACUUCAAGAGUCAGGGGCACGAGUGCCCACUGCAUUCCAACCCGGCAGAGUUCCUUUCAGACCUGGUCGGCACCGACCACUCCUCCCCCGACACCGAAGCCCAGUCCGCCACCCGCAUCUCCCGCCUCAUCCAAGCCUUCGCCGCCCACUCCACCGCCCAGGCCGACACCAGCGCCGCCCUGGCCGUCUCCGCCGCCCUCCAGGCCAGCCUAGGAGAUGAUGACGAGGAGGAAGAGGGGGAGGGGCAGAAGCGAAAGAAGACCCUCGGGCUGUCUGCAGCCAAGUCAGAUGCGGACGGGGCAGGCUUCUGGCAGCAGUUCAAAAUCCUCUUAGUCCGAGCCUGGCGCCAAACCACCCGCGACCGCGCCACCAACGUGGUCCGAGCCAUGAUGAACCUCACCUCAGCAGCCAUCUUCGGAUCCAUCUUCUGGCGCAUGGGCUUCGGACAGUCCACCAUCCAGGACCGCAUGGGACUCCUGCAAGUCGCGGCAAUCAACACCGCCAUGGCUUCUAUCACCAAGACGCUGAAUGUGUUUCCCAAGGAGCGGCAGAUAGUAGAGAGGGAGAGGGCGAAAGGAGCGUAUGCGGUAGGCCCGUAUUUUCUGUCCAAGCUGGUCGCUGAGCUGCCUGUGACGGCGUUUUUCCCCGCGCUGUUCUCGGUGGUAUGCUACCCUAUGACCGGUCUGCACCGCACAAUACCCAGGUUCCUCAAGUUCAUGGGAGCAACCACGGUGGAGUCAUUCACCUCAUCAGCCAUGGGCCUCACGGUGGGGUGCAUCGCCCCCACUGUCGAGGCAGCCAUGGCCCUCGGCCCCUCCAUCAUGACGGUCUUUAUCGUCUUCGGAGGGUACUACGUCAACCCCGACAACACACCAGUCAUCUUCCGCUGGAUCCCCAACACCUCCCUCAUCCGCUGGGGCUUUGAGGCGCUGUGUGUGAACGAGUUUGACGGGCUGACAUUCGAGGCCAGCAAACCCACGGACCUGAGCACGGGCAAGCAGGUGCUGGAGCGCCUCUCCUUCUCCAAUAGCUCCGUGGCCAAAUCCGUGCACAAGGAGGUGCAGAUCAUGCUCGGCUGGGGCUUUGAGGCGCUGUGUGUGAACGAAUUCGACGGACUGACCUUUGAGGCAACCAAGCCAACAGAUCUGAGCACGGGCAAGCAGGUGUUGGAGCGCCUCUCCUUCUCCGAUAGCUCCGUGGCCAAAUCCGUGCGCAAGGAGGUGCAGAUCAUGCUCGGCUGGUACUGGGCUUCUGCCUACCUGCUCCGGAAAAAGACCCCCGAGUUUACUAAGCUGCUGCCGGUGUCUAAGCUGCAGGGGAAGGUGCGGGGGACUGAGUCUGGUAAGGGGGUUGAGGAGGGGACGAGUGUGAAGAGCAGUGUGGUUAUAGAGGAGGUGAUUGAAGCGAAGGAGGAGAGUGUGGUGGCGACAGAAGAGGUGACAGCAACGACAGUUACCACCACCACCAGCAGCAGCACCACCACCAGCAGCACCACAAUCACCACUGCUGCUACCACCGUUGUCACUGGGUCGGCCAGUGUGGAGGUUGAAACCACUGAAGAGGAAUUCGUCGAGGCUGAAUCAUAG